CGUGUCGCUCUAGUUGAGGGAAUCGCAUUCCACCUGCCGAUAUUAUCUUCGAUUCCAAGGCCGAACAACAAUUGCACCACCGUGUUGAACUUGGAAGUGAGCGUACUGAACUCGAAAUGCCUCUCAAUAGCACCCAAUAUGAAGCACUGGCGGAGCAGAUUGAAUCCAUUCUGAAGGAUCCGGAAACUGCCACUGCACAGAUUGGAGAUGAACAAACCCGCCGCCGCUUAGUCGAAGGUGGCCGCAAACUCGCCACGUCCUUAGAACGGCCCAAGGACACGUUGAACAGAAUCGGGUACUCGCACCUCCAGUUACCUCUCGCUCUCGUCGGUGUGGAAUCCGGUAUCUUUGCAGGUUUGACGGCGGAAUCUCGCCCUUCCAGCAGCACAGAGAUUGCCGAGAAGACGGGCGUAGACAAGGCCCUCUUGCAGAGACUGCUGCGGUAUUAUCAGGCCACUGAUAUGAUAUCUCAAAUCGACGACGACAAGUACCAGUCGAACAAUGUCUGUCGAGCUCUAAGCAACGAUGAUCACGCCAAUACCCUUCGUUGGACAGGUAAAAUCACUGCGAAAGGAGGACUAAACCUUCCGGACUGGCUCCAAUCACACCAGUGGAGAGAUCCUCUUGGCAUGAUGCCCACAGCGUGGACCAGCUCUGUUCCCACAGACAAGCUACCCUACGAAUAUUUGGCCGAGAAUCCCUGGGCACUGAAGCUUGCCCAGGCACACAUGAGAAUCCACUGGGAGGGUAGGCCGGUGUUUCUUGAUACCCUAGAUUUCGAGAAGCGUUUCGGCCAGGACACUACCGACUCGACCAUUCUGUUCGUCGAUGUUGGCGGCUCAACGGGUCCCCAGUCCCUCGCCCUCCGGCACAGAUAUCCGGAUCUUCCUGGGCGUGUUCUCAUCCAAGACCGACCGGAGGUCGUGGAGCAGGCGAAAGCGCAGCUCCCCAGCUCUGCCAAGAUUGAGGCAGAGGUGUAUAAUAUCUUUACGCCGCAGCCCGUCAAAGGAGCCAGAGCUUACUACAUGCGGAAGAUCUUCCAUGCGUGGGGAGACGCGAAAUGCAAGGAGAUCUUAGUCAACGCCAAAGCAGGCAUGACCGACCAGUCGGUGAUCCUGAUCGACGAAAUAGUCCUUUCCGAGAGUGGAGCAACGGCUCAAGGGGUCCAGAUGGAUAUGGAGGUGAUGAUAUGUGUAGGUGGGAUAGAACGCACACAGGCUCAAUGGAAAACUUUGCUGAAUGAAGCUGGACUAAGACUGAUUGAAGUGGUUAACUACGACAAGGAGUAUGAUGAUGCGGUGAUCAUUGCUGGGCUUAACUGA